UUGAAGUGAUGCUCUGUAUUUUAUUAUAUUUUUUUAUUUUCGCUGCCCAUUUAACUCAGCUAGAAAAACAUAAUUUGUUGUAGACUGCAUACUGAUACUAGCGCAAGUGAAUUCUUUGUUUAUGUUAGUCCCAACUGGAUAAGGUUUCUUUGUCUGGCUUUCGCGGUAUUUCAAAGUCUUUGUCGCCAUGUUGAGAAAGGUUCUACGCUGUGUUGUGUUUUAGCGCGGUGUUCUGAUGUAGCUACGACGUUUGUGUCAGCCAGUAACCAUGCACUCUUUUCUGAGAGCUUUAUAUGCAUUUGCAUAUGGAAACCCUGUAACACAGUCGUUACGGAAUUUCCGCGCUGAGUUCCGUCGAUCGAAGGGUGCUAUGGUGGAGACAAGCGAAAGCUUGUCUGUGACGGCCCGGGGUCGGUUGCCACUCGGGUGUACGUGGUGUUUCUGAACUUCCUCUGAUGGCCACCGUGAUCGCUGUGGAGUCCUAGAGCUGGCACAGAGUAGGAACGAAUAGAAGCCACGUGAUGGUAUAUAUCAAAAAUCAGAAUUAAAUACAUGAAUUGGAAGCUGAUAUGUGGGCCUCGAGUCGUACAUUCUUGCAUAUACAACUCCUGAGACUGGAAUAGAAUGCGUUAGGCCAACGGCUGCAGGGCUUGGAGGUGCGAACCACGGUGGCCAAGCAUGUGGCUCCGCAGUGAGCAGCGUGAACGAAGGGCUGUUGCUGUGUCCACACGUGGUGGUCGCAUCACACGACGACGCACAAAUCUGCUCAAAGAGACGUGUCGAGAAAAUGUCCUGCAAGUGAAUGGCCACAAUACUGGAAUACCUACAGUGCGUGAAGCAAAUGUGCGUCGUACACGCCGCUUGAGUGUGACUAGUGACCAACUGAUUUCUUCAGCACCUCCAAUGCGACACAUCAAAAGUGAUGCCAAAGAUACAUUGGUGACUGUUUCCAAACUGAGUGAGGAGACAAAAGAGAACUGGCAAGCUACAGUUGUCCCCAAUGAUGACCAGAUUCCAGUUUACAAUGCAGUAUUUGAAGGCCAUCAUCCAUAUGAAGGCAGCCCACCACCAGAACCAGAAGAGCUUCCCAUGUCCGUAGACAGAGAGGAUGAUUUGGGUUCUGUCACUGCACCAGAUCUUGCCAGUUUAUUAGAGGAAGAGGAUGCCAAGCGAGAAAAUGAGUUAUUAUCUGGGCUACACUGCAGCUACCCAACCACAGUGGACCAGGCGUGUGACACAUCUUGUGACUUCCCAACCACAGUGGACCAAGCAUGUGACACAUCUUGUGACUUCCCAACCACAGUGGAUCAGGGAUGUGACACCUCUUGUGACUUCCCAACCACAGUGGAUCAAGGAUGUGACACAUCCUGCGACUUCCCGACCACAGUGGAUGAGGGAUGUGAAGCAUCUGUCGGUUAUUAUGAGGAACGAGGUGGUGAUUUGUUGGAGACAACUUCAGUGGCUGAUCCUCCUCCUCCUACUGUUGUGGCUGAACCCAGCCCCACCACAGUCACGGAGACAGAGGAAGAAUGGGAGCCAUUUGACCCCUAUGUGUUUAUCAAGCAGCUGCCACCACUGACAGUGGAUAUGCGCGCACGUUGUCCUGCCCUUCCUCUGAAGACAAGAAGCAGUCCUGAGUUUUCACUUGUCUUGGAUCUGGAUGAAACUCUAGUGCAUUGCAGCCUGCAAGAAUUAGAGGAUGCAUCGUUCAGUUUCCCUGUGGUUUUCCAGGAGAACAGUUACACUGUUUAUGUGAGAACCAGACCAUUCUUUAGGGAAUUUUUGGAUAAAGUGUCAUCUAUGUUUGAAGUUAUCCUCUUUACUGCAUCAAAGAAGGUGUAUGCUGACAAGCUCCUAAAUCUUCUAGAUCCAUUUAGAAGAUGGAUAAGGCACAGACUGUUCCGGGAACAUUGCAUUUGUGUUAAUGGAAAUUACAUAAAGGAUUUAUCUAUACUGGGCAGAGACUUAUCAAAGACAAUCAUUGUGGAUAAUUCACCACAGGCAUUUGGCUACCAGUUGGAGAAUGGUAUACCAAUAGAAAGCUGGUUUGUUGAUCGAACAGACACAGAGCUUAUGAAACUUUUGCCAUUCUUGGAAAAACUGGUUCAUAUGAGAGAAGAUGUCCGGCCGCACAUCAGAGAGAAGUUCAAAUUAUUUAGUUAUUUACCACCUGAUUAGGAUCUAUCAUUUUUAUAAUAAAUGACUUCUAUAUUAUCUGUUGUUUAUAUUUUUAUUUUAUGUGUAUACAAAAUGUAAGUUAAAAUGUGCUUUUAGUUUAUAUUGUUUCUACAUCUGUCCAAAUUGUAGUACAAUUUCAUAUAAUUAUGUAUGCUAUUUAUUGUAGCAAUCCUGUUUCUUGCUCUGUCAUUAUAAGUAUUUGUAAAAAAAAGUAUUGUUGGCUGAAUGAGCAAUGUCCGGAAGCAGUGCAGUUUUAAAUGUAGAAUAUUAGAUUUUUAGUUUUAGUUCCAUAUUCAUUUUAGAAGAUAAUGUGUUUUAUCUUUACAGAUAAUAGCAUAGUAUCACAGUGAAAAUCACGAUUGAAAUACUGUUUCCACUCCAUGUUUUUUAACAAGUGGGAUUUUACAUGUUACUUUGUUUUUAUUGGACUAGUGGUUUUUGGAAAACCUACAGUGUUUGUUAUCAAUUGUUUUAAUGAAGUGAAACAGUGUGUGGCAAUAGUAAGUCCUUUUGCUGAAACUGCCAGUUUUUUAAGUGAUUCACAUUCUUUUGAAUGAUAUUUUUAGUCCAAAAGAAAUAAGCAUUAUUUUAAAAGAAACAAAUUUUAAUUGCUUUUAUUUUGUUAUUUAAUUUUUAACCUGAAUUGGUUCACUAUUUUACAAAUGGAAGCACAAAUAUAUGUGAUUUUUUUUUAAAAUUCCUUUUAUAAGAAUUGCAGACACUUUUAUCAGGAAGGUAAAACUGCUGUAGUCACAAGGAUACAAAGAAGUAUCUAUUAAUUUGGUGUUCAGUCCAAAUGUUUACUUUUCCUGUUUGUGAUGACCUUGUUUCAUAAAAUGAAACUAUCUUAGUGUGAACAGUUGUUUUAUGAUGUGUACAAGCUGUGAAAGAUGUAUGUCCUUGUUGUCAGUUCAUUUGAUGUGUACAUGUUUCUGGUGUUCAAAACCAAUUUUUUUUUUUUUUUUGAAAAAUUUUGUGUUUCCUGUUUGUAUUUAUCUUUGAUAUAAGUGUUUGUCAAAGCUGGGAAAUUGUUGUGGUCAGAACCACACAGAGAAAUGCAAUAUGACAGCUUUUGUGAAGGCUUAUUUAAUAGUCGAAAAUAUUAUGUAUGUCAGCCAUGAAUGCAACCAUUACCUAAUUUGAGGUUUACACAUAAAAAGAAAUUAUCAUCACAGAUUUUACUUAGUGUAUUGGAUGGUUGUGUGUUUUAUGAGAUUUAUGGGGAGAAAAUGUUAUUUUAGUUGUCAUUUUCCUUCAAACUAGGCUCACAUGAAGAAACUGUAAUGGGGAAAGUACAAGAUUAUCUGUCCAUUAUUCAUCAUCCUUUGCCAAUUUUACCUUGACUUAAGUAGUGUUAGCAUUUGCUUUUUAACACACCCAUUUCAGUAUUGAAUUUAAUUAGGUAUUUCCAUAAGCAGUUGUAGAAUAACAUCUAGAUGGGUGACAUGUAAUUUUGCAGUAAGAAGCUUGAGCACUCUUUAAAAUGUUAUUUAAGUUGUAAUAUGAAGUAAUUUAAAUACGAGGAAAAUAUUUCAGCCUCUGGUAAUCUGGAAUUGACCACACAGUUUAAUCAUUAUCUUUUUCAUUACUAGGGAAAUGUUUCCCUUCAUACUGUUUUUAUCAUAUGGAGAAGACUCUGUUUAUCAUUUCAGAAAUAAGUAUGGAAUAUAAAUCUCAGACCUUUCAUUUAAUCUUUGGAAAAAUAACUGUUGUCAAAGAAACAUAAUUUUUGUGUCUUGUUUGUAUUGUAAAAAAUACAAAUGAUAUAUAAAAAAGUACAAAGACUGUUUUAAUAUUUUGUUAAAUUGUUUGUGAAGAUUCAGAGUGUUUUUGAGGAAAAAAAACUUUUGUACAAAAUCAUUAUAUGGCAGUGUUAGCUGAUGUAAUUUCAAAAUAAUUAAGCCUUCAUUAGAGAAAAUUUUCAACAGAACUAUGGUGAAAAUACGAAAUAAACUCAUUAGUGCAUAAUAUUGUUCUCUGUCAGAUUUGGGUACAAUAAAAGGCACAUGCCCAUCAAACUAUCAGAAUGAGAGAAAAAUAUGUAAAUUUGUGUGUUUUGUGAUUUAUAUUUGAAAUCUGUAUCUAGAAAAAGGUAUGAUUUUGAUAUUAAGUGUCACAAACAUUGGUUUUAGACAUUUUGAGCUGUUGAAUAUUACAUACUGUGGUGAUGCUCUCUUGCAUAUCAGCAUGAUGAACAUUCACAGUAUUUGUUAUAGUGUUCAAUAGCAUAUGUUAUUUCAUAGUGAAGUUACAACUGAAAGAAACUUGAGUUUUUUUGUUUUAUUUUUUAUUUUUUAUGAGCCAGUUGGCAUAGCUGAGUGAGGUAAACAAGGACCAUCUCCACUGCUGAAACCAUGUUAUUCAGAUUGUGCUCAUCCCAGGCAGUUUGACUCUCUUAGAAAGAGCUUCAUCUCAAGUUAUUUCAGUAUAUUGACACAGAUAACAAGUAACUCCUGCAUUCACUGCCAUUGUUAGAGGAACAAACUUGCUCUUUACUGUGUACAGUAUUUCAAGAAACUUCUUUAGGACAUUGGCAAAUGCAACGACAAUACAGUAUUGUAUGCUCCUGAAGCAAAAUAAAUCAGUUGUGAAAUAUAUCAUAUAUAUUUCCUAUACGUGAUGGUACAGUACUAGUUUUAAGAGUUCCCCAAAAUAUGUAACUUAGGUUAUCCUCAUUAUGUAAACUUACAUCGAAAUCACAGGAAUGAAUGCAGGAAGUUCUCUUAUCUGUGUCAUUUCUUGGUUAAUUUUGAAACAGUAAACUUUCUUAGUAACUUUCCCCUCCUUUUUUCUGUAUAUACAUUUUCAAGUGAUCAAUAAAAUGUUUGUGGUUGCCUAUAGAUUUAUUCAUGCCAGAAUAUUUUGAAAAAAUAACCACUGUGCACUUUGGAGUGCAUUGUCAUGUUGGCAAUUUGGAAAGAGAUUUUGUACACUGUAAAUGGCAAUCAAUGCACUGAUCAAAAUACAAUAGUUUACAAUCA